AUUUCAUUGAUCAACCUGCCCUGACAGUGAUUCAUUGUGAAAGAUCUUCAAUUUUAUUAUUCAUCUAUUGUGCUUGUUUCAUUGAAUCAGAUUCUCCUAUAUCAUCCUUUCCUUUGCAUCUGCAUCCGUAACAACGCGCCGCAUGCCUGCUCCCUUCAUUUACCAGCGUGUUGAAGCAACUUGCCACUAACGGGUGCGACUUACCUCCACAACCCCUUGUGCACCGUCAUCUUAUCUUAUCCCUUCAACUUUCACAGACCUCAUUAUAUGAUAUAAACCCACCACUCCAACCGUCGCGUUCUGCUCAUAGGACUGAGCACACUAUGGCGUCACGAGAUAGCUCGACAACGUCAGUCCCGCGCAAGGUGGUGACGUAUGGCAAACCUGUGCGCAAGCGCUUUAUGCGCGACGCGAUGCCAUUCAAAGCCACUGAGCCGUUCACUGCGCCGAGCAGCCGCCCUGACUCUUCCGCCUCCGUCGCGAAGCCAUCAAAACCGUCGCUACCGAGGUCAACAUCAGAACCAACUCCAAAACACGUUGUUGAGAAGCGACCCGACGAGCCCGCUCGCGCAAAAGCCGGAGAUGAUGGGAAACCAAAACCACGCGAUGCGACAGAUUCGAGAAAACGAAAGCGCCUAGAAGCUGCGCCUUCCGAACCGAUUGAAGAAGAAACAAAACUUACUGCUCCAAAACAACUCAAGUCUACGACUACACUACCAAAGCGACCUGUAGCUGGAGCCUCUGAAAAUGAGAACAAAGCCAGCGCCCCUCCUCCAAAACCACCUGUUUCAAAGAAAAGUCCAAACAGCUCGAACGUUCGAUCUAGACCCCUCCCCCGGAGCAAAUCCGAUAUUCCAACCUCAAAACCCAGCUCAAGUGCUGCGCAAUCAACGGCUAAGGACCGCGAUGAUGAAUCACCGAGACCGAAGAAACGACGGCCGCGAUUGAUCGAUGCUCUGGCUGCUCAGCGGGCAGAAAGUUCAGAGUCGGAAGAUUCGGCUUCUGAAGAAGAGAAGCCCGAACAACAAUUACCUCCGAACAGCGGUACAGACAGUGGAGGUGCGACUCCUUCUCAGCAAUCACAAAACAACUCCCAGAAUCAUUCUCAAGACUCUACGAUACGAUCCAGAAGUCGCCCCACGGUUGCGCUCAAAAGCCGGAGAGUUAAGUAUACAUACGGCCAAUCUCGAUCCAUCCUGACCGAAGCUGGAUGCGCUUCUCGCUACCCCCCAGAACCCGCCAACGCUGACCCAUUUGCCAUGGACGAUGACGAUGAUCUCGACGGAGACGGAGGUACUCGACCUGCUAUCAAGAGCGUGCAUGAGCUACGGAGAGCUGGAGCCAACAAUCGCUUCGCCGAUGAAAUGGAGGACCUGCUUGCUCGGAUAGGAACCCCUGGAAGCUCUCCAUCUUCAUUGAGGAGAGGCGCAUUACUAGAGCUGUCCCAGAAGCUACAGAACAAGGAAUUCAUCGGUCAAUUUCGGGAUCACGCAACUCGCGAUAAAGUCGCGGCAAACAUCGGUCAAGAACAGGAUAUCAUUUGCGGAUUCGCCUUGUCAGCCGUUCUCGUCACGUUUCUCCAUUUCAGUCCUGCAGCCCACCUCCUGCAACAGCUUGUUGAUGAUGGACUGGGCCAAAUGCUCUCUGUCCUUUUACAGGUGCCCGAAGACAUUGAUGAACUUGCAUCAGGGAGACUGAGGCUCGCCAAGACGACGAGAGCCUCUCUGAGCGAGGUCAAGACUACGCUCAAGAAGAUGAAUAUUUGGCAUGGCCGUCGUCCUGAGAAGCUUUCACCUCAAACUCUUGCACUUCAACUACUGAACGUCGUGUGUCAGCGAAUCGAUGCGAUGCACUCAUCAGUAGUUGUCAGGGACGUGGAGAGCGAUCUUGAGGCCGUUAUAUCCCAUUGUACGAGUACCAACCCAAGAACUGACGCAGCGACUGCUCUUGUCAUAUCAAUACUGGAGUCGCAGUCAGGAAUGUCGAUGAACGACGCGAAUGAAGUCACAUGGAUUGCGCAGCAAUCGCACCAAGUGGCGCGUAUUCUCGAGAACAGCGUCCAGCAAUGGCCAGACAAGCUUGGGAAUAUCGAAGUAGCUAUCCUCAAGCUCUCGAUCAACAUGUCCAACACGACACACGGCGCUGCUGCCUUCAGUGAUGUGAUCCUGUUGUCGAGUCUGUCGAAAUGCAUUCUCUCUGGUUUCAAAUCGGCCCUGGACGCUAUGAGCAACCGACGUCUGAAGGAGGAGACUUAUGAUGGACUCCUUCUAGUGCUUGGUAUGACGAUCAAUAUACUAGAACACUGCGCUCCCGCACGUGAGAACAUCACUGGGGCGCAACUGGAUGGCCUGGUGACAGUAUAUUUACAGAACCAGGCCCUGAUGCUAGAGGCCGACUCUGUAGAGAAAUCGAAGCUGAGCGUGGCAUUUGGCUACCUUUCCGUCUUGCUGGGCUACUUGUCGCUGGAAGAUGCAGCCCGGCAACGACUCAAGGAGCAAGCGGGAAGCGAAGGGCUUCCGAGUCUCAUUGGCUCGAUCAAGGAGUUCAUCGGCAUGUAUAGAUCGGUGGACAACAAGGUGACGGAGCUGGAAGGGCUCGUCAACGAAUUACAACGACUGCGACGACAAUAGUUGAUUAUAUACGGACGGACAUGACUUGAGCUAGGGAGCCUUUUUGGGACAAUGUUCUGAGUAUGACUCUCCCUUUUACUUUGUAUGAUGGAUUACAGCCACUUCUGGCAUAUUUGCUAGCGAGAGAGUGUAUAGAUGAGAAGGAGAAUCGAUACCAGGUCACUAGAAUGACCAUAUUUGCUGAUACUGAGACUCGUAAUUCUGUGACACAUGAUCUG